UCUGGUUCUUAUCUGAAAGAAAAAUGGACAGAUUUGCUGCCGUUCUCGUUUUGCUGGGAGUCUUUUGGACUCAGGCUUCUGCAUUGCAGACCUAUCUCCUGCACGAACCCGGCCAAAACUAUGUCACUGGAACUAUGACUAUCCAGAAUGAGGACCACAUUGUUGAUGUCCAUGUCCGUUCUGGCGUGUACUCCUCUGACACCAUUUUUGACUACUCACGUGGGUAUGUUGCAACAAGAUUAUUUUCACGAAAUGCCUGCUUUAUCAUGAAAAUAAAUAAGAACGACAUCCCAGAGCUGCAGGAACUUGGACGCCUGGCUUUUGAGAAAAAGACUUUAGCGGCAGUGUACUCUCCAAACAAUGUGUGGGUACAGUUUCAAUCUGGCCAUUCCUUCCUCGGGGGUCUGAAAGACUGGCUUAUCUAUGGUAGAGCCAUUCAACAACUCUGUUCAGGUCUGCCUCUCUACCAGCUUGAAAGCACUGCACCACAAAUGGAUACUCGUGACUGCGCCAGUGCAGGAAUUCCAAGCAUUUUGGGCAUUAAAAUCUGCGAUAAAAUCAAUUAGGCUGAAUCUUGACAACUAUGCUACAUGGAAAUGGCUUAUUUCUUCGCAUGCUUUUGUGAUGGUAGCAAUAUUCUCCAACCAGAAAAAAACUUGGUAUUAGAAUUACCUUGCCUAUCUAAAGCUUUGAGUGCAACAAAUCCAUCAUAUACAAAUAAA